AAAGAAAAGGGACUGCUCUAAUACAACAGAUUUGAUAUUAAUCUUGCAGGACAGUAAGAACAUUUCAGCUCAAGAUAAAUGUUAAAACCCCUUAGAAAACCCUGUGGUUCUGUCAUUGAGCAAUGUGUGGCAAAGUGGAACACCACGGUACAUCAAGAGCGUUUAGUCCAUGUGAAUGUUGUAUAGUGUCUAUAUCUAGACUAAAUGGUGGUGAGGAAGAGGACAGUAACAUGAAAAUUAAGCUGUAAGGGCUUUAACUUAAAGUAGCCAUUAAUCUGAAGUCUGGAAUGGUGGUUGGGUUUUUGUUACAGCGGUAGUGAUGGAUGGAUGUUAUACUGCCUGAAGUCAUUACUAUUUCUGGUGAUGUUUCCCUGUCACUAGGAAAUGAGCAUUUUUAGUUUCUUUCUGUGUGCUUUUGACACGUUCAGUCUAAAUCUUAAUUCUUAGAAUAAUUCUGUCUUUUAGAAAAGGCCUAAGCUGCUUAUAACUAAAAGAUGAUGGAGAUAAAAAUGCAUCCUUUUGUUUCUGUCAUCUUUCUAAACCUGCCUAUUGCUGCUUGCUAUGACUGUGGAUUUCUUUCAGUCGCUCUUAAUUGUUUUGCAUAAAGCUGCUUUCCAAGAUGCCAAUGUUUGCUUGUUUGUGUUUGACUGCAUCUACUUCAGUGAUGUCAGCCUGAUGGACAGGCCUCUGUGUGAGCAUUGCAAGUUCCUCUAUGAUAACACGGUUGAAAUCCCUGACCGGCUCCUCUUCUCAGAGAUGAAGCACGUCACGAAAGCUUUGGAUCUGGCAGAUACGAUCACCCACAUCAUUCGUGAGGGACUGGAAGGACUGGUGUUGAAAGAUAUAAAGGCAGGUUCAUAUUUACUCUUCACUGGGUAUGCCGGGAGUUGGGGAGUAACAGCAGGCAGAUCUGUGGAUGAAGCACACAAAGCUGAGCAUCCUGGAAAUCUCUGGGUUCUUACUGAUGCUGACAUCCAAUCCAAGUUGCUCCUUAUAGAUGUGAGCACUGCUGUGCUCUUGCAGUGUUAAGCUGGAUAAAAGCAAGGGCUGUUUGAGGGGACAGCUGUCCCCCAGAUGAUCUUUCUGACUGGGGGUUCUUACCCUGUUCUGCACAGGGUAAUUAAGAACCAGGGAAGCGGCACUGGCUGAAAGUGAAGAAGGAUUACCUAAAUGGGGGUGCCAUGACUGACAUGGCAGACCUGGUGGUGCU